UGGCAUUCUGCCACUAGACAAUCCCCCCGUGCUCGUCUUUGGCUGAACUGUAAAGAUCUUGAUCCCGCCGAGGCCCAUGGCAACCACCUACUUGUCACAUCGAGACGUAUUCUCUCCAUCCGCCACCGAUGUCUCCUCUUCUCUCGGUUCCAGCGCCGAUGCCACCACUGCUGCGAGGAAACCGAAUGCCCUCGGCACCAAAGUGACCAGUGUCCUAUCAUCGUCCUACGCAGACCACGAGAUCCGAGAUGCCCUGCGCCUGCUUGACGACCGCGGCCUUCAGAAUGAUCAAGACACGCGGCGGAAUUUGAAGACCAAUGCUCAAAAACAUGUCAUUGACUGCAACGCAAGGAUCGUGGACGACUUUGGCGCGGUCGCGGAGCAACUGCGCCGCGUCGGAAGCCUCCUCGACGCCCUCAACACCACCGUGGACAGCAUGCGCUCCCAUAUCUACGCCGCAAGACAAGAGACUGCAGCGGUCCUCGAAGACGCCGGCGAGCUUAUCUCCCGCAAGCAAGAUACGGAGGCCAAAUCCACUCUCCUCACUGCCUUUACCUCGCACUUUCUCAUCUCUACCACGGAUCUCAAUUUACUUACUUCAUCUGCCGAGCCUCUCGAUGAUCGCUUUUUCGAAAUUUUGACCCGAGUCAAGCAUAUCCACCGCGACUGUGAGAUCCUUCUCGGCUAUGAAAACCAACGUUUGGGCCUCGAAUUGAUGGAACAAACUACACGAAACCUUGACGCCGCUUUCAAAAAGCUGUAUACCUGGAUCCAAAGAGAAUUCAAGGGCCUCGAUCUCGAAGAUCCCCACAUAUCCAGCUCCAUUCGACGAGCCCUGAGAGUCUUGUCUGAGCGGCCGACCUUGUUUCAAAAUUGUCUGGAUUUCUUCGCCGAAGCCAGGCAAUCUACCCUGGCCGAAGCCUUUCACGCAGCUCUCACCGGCUCCUCCGGUGUCGCCAAGGCCAUUGAAUUUUCCACGCAUGAACCGCUACGAUAUAUUGGUGAUAUGCUGGCCUGGGUCCAUUCAACCGCCGUCUCGGAGAAGGAAGCCCUGGAGGGAUUGUUUAUCUCUGAUGGAGACGACAUAUCCAAGGCUCUUACUACCAGCAAGGCCAGCGAACCGUGGGCGCGGAUCCCGCGACGGCGAUCCAGCCUCGGGUCGUCCUCGUCCAUUUCCACCGAGGGCUCCGGCCAGGAGGACCGAGGAAAGCGGGAGCCUGUCUUCAACCCCCACGCAGCUCUAGCGUCACUCAUCAGUCGGAAUCUCUCCGCCGCCUGUGCCACUCUGUCUUCCCGAAUCGAUGUCGCCGUCCGCAAUUCUGGCGACCCCGUGCUCCAGUUCAAGACCUUCAACGUCCUGGACUUUUACCGUGGCAUUUUCACCAAGCUCCUGGGUCCCGAGGCCGCACUGGUUCGAUUGAUUGAAACGUUGGAGUCCAACACCCUCGCCCAGUUUGAGGAUACAAUCCAGGAAGAGAUACGCGCCGCCACUUCCGAGAUCGUGGUCAAUGAAGAUCUGUCGCCUCCCACAUAUCUCGCCACCGGAUUGCGCCAAUUUGCCGAGAUAUGCCGGGCACGCGGACCACAGAUGACUGAUCCCGAACUCGAACGCAUCUUUACCGCGUCAUUGAGCGGAAUUCUGAACGCGUGUGCAGGCACUGCGUCGUCGAUUACCAACGUCAGAAGCAGGAGCAUCUACAAGAUUAACUACAUGACGGCUCUGAAGUCGACGCUGUCGGGGCUGAAAAUCCAAGUCCCCAAUGUGGGCCCACCUCUGGAAAAGGCCAGCACUGAGAUCCAAGCUCUCCGCGACGGUCUGUUCAAGGAACUGCAUUGCACCUUUCUAGAAUAUUCGGGGGUGGACGAGAUGAUGCAGGAGUUGGACAGCAGACAGAACGCCAUGGCACGAAAGGAGUGGUUGGUGGAUAAACUGGAUGGGUUUGCCGUGAGGUUGGACGAGUUCCUUUCCAGCGCCUUGAUGGAUGCACAAGAAGCACUAAAAAAGCUCCUGGACAGAGCCAUUGCUCAAGAUGUGGUGGCCGAAGCCAUAGACCGCUUCUGCGCCGACUUCGACGAGCUAGAGGCCAUGUUGGAGAUGGUCGACGUCCAGGCUGGAUCAACCAUCGUCGAUGAAACUAGAGAUGCUGCCAAAGACGGACCAGGAGACCUUGGCUCACCCGAAUCCCUUAGAGACCUAUAUCCACGGACUGGUGCCGAAGUCAGAGCGCUCUUGACCUAAAUAGAUGUGCUACAGUAAUGCGUGGAGAGAUUACAGGUUUCGAUUGACCCAAGCACCGAGGUAACAUCUCCUAGUGUACCCAUCUUGAAGGACCUUGAUCGCGAACAGACGGGUCUCGUGUCUGUCCGUCCCGGGCAGAAGCGGUGCAUUGGGGCUGCACACAUUGUCAGAGGGAAGAGUGCUGGAUGAGACUCGAGACGAAGCGGUGGGGACUCCCGAGAUUGAACAAUGAUGCAAUCAGUGUCGUAUUAAGUGGUAUCGACUCUUUUCGUCUCUUCAAGUCUGCUUAUUUUCUAUAAUCUUUCAAGACUCACAGACCCCACAUUGGCUGGCCACACGACCCGAGCAGCUGUACAAUUACAAG